AUGGUUUUGACCAGAGCUAUGCUGAGAAGGAGCUUUCGUUGGUCAUUGCUUGUGUGGCUAAGUGUCAAAGUGGCUUAUGAUUUCUAUGCUUGGAAUAGAGUUUCCAACAAGGAACUGAUGCUACAAAUGGAACACCACGUUUAUAGUCAUACACUCAAACAUGUGGAUUUCCCCGUACAGGAAAAGGUUAGAUCACCAUCAGUUAGAAGCACUGACAUUGUGAGUACAGGAUGUGAGGAUAUUUGUCGAGAUAAACGGCAAAUAGAUCUGUUGUACAUUGUUCACUCUGCACCUCAGAAUUUUAAUUUUCGGACAAACAUACGAAAAACCUUUGCAAAUCAAACAUUCUUUCCGCACAAUGAAAUACGAAUAGUUUUCCUUCUUGGGAAACCGGAGAAUGAACAGACGCAGUCCGAUAUAUUGCUGGAGCAGACGACACACUGUGAUAUCGUUCAAGGAUCGUUUCACGACUCGUAUCGUAAUCUUACCCUCAAGGCUGUGUCGGGCCUGAAGUGGGUCAGUGAAAACUGCCCAAAUGUUUCAUUUGUAGUAAAGAUAGACGAUGAUGCCUUUGUACAAACGUUCAGUAUAUUAGAACAAUAUUUACCUCGCUAUGAGAAGGGUAAGAGGUUGAUAUUUUGCAACGUGUGGAAAGAGGGUUUCAUGACCAUUCGCAGACGAGGAAAAUGGAAGGUAGCAGACGAUCAAAUGAAAGGAUACUACACGUUUCCGUGGAAAUACUGCAGCGGUUUUGUCGUGAUGAUGACUGGAGACCUAUUGCCAUUGUUGUACAAAGCUUCACUUGCAGUGCCCAUACUGUGGGUGGACGAUGUAUACUUGACAGGGAUAUUAGUGUCCAGGAUUAAAGAUGUGAAGUUCGUCAACGUGGAUCUGAAUGUGCACAGCUCGUUAAAGGCGCCGGUGAUCCAAAAGUGUUUCAGUCGUCCCAAUUGUCGGCUUCUCUUUGGUGGAUCGAAAUCUCUUAAUUUGGAUGAACUCUGGCAAAUGGUUUUGCAGAAUCGCAAUGAACACUACAGGAGAAAAACACAGUACAACCGUUUGUCCUUCAAAAGGGUCUAAUUACAAAUGUACAACUAAGAUGUGGGUGCAGUGCAUACGCAUCAAAAUCUGACAUAUUUUACA